AGUCCUGCACGUGCGGAGUCGCCCCUGUCCUUCAGAAACCGCCCCCGUAGCCCCCCAAACCAAACCUCCAUUCCGUCUCCACACAUCGUCUUCCGUGGGAGACAAGGCACGCCAUGGGCGGCGGAAGGCGGAAGGCCGGAAAGAUCCGGCCCCACGGAGGCCGAGCCACAGGCGGUGGAGAAACCCGCCCCCUAUUCGCCGGAGGAACUCGCCCCCUAUUCGCCGGCGGCCGAUCAGCCGGCGGCCGGCGUUUCACGGGCUCCUCUCCUCCCCCUUCCUCGAUUUCUGCAAUUGAUGGAAGCUUCCGAGGCGGCCGCGGGAAGAAGAACGGAUCCCGCCGGGCCCAGGGAAGGGGAAACGCCUUCGCGUACGCCUACCCGACCGCCCAUGGGGAGAUCAGCGGCGGCGAUGACGCCGGCUGCUCGAUCCUUCUCGCCCGUUUCGGAGAUAACCCGCCGAUCGUUGCUUUCGUGGACUCGGGCCCGUGCGAGGAGCCGGGCGUUGGGGUACCUACUUAUGCUUACGAUCCGGCGGUGGUCGGAGGUAUGGGGUUAGGUUUUGGUGGUGAAGGGGAGGAGGAGGAGGAGGAGAUAGUGGUUUACGAUCCAGCGGCGGUUCGACGUGUUGGGUUAGAUUUUCGUCGUGGUGAGGAGGAGGAGGAAGUUGGGCGGGUUGGGUUAGGGUUUCGUGGUGGUGAGGAGGAGAAAGAAGAAGAGGAAGAACGAGAAGAGGAGGAGGAGAAAGAAGAAGAGGAAGAACGAAAAGAGGAGGAGGAGCAAGAAGAAGGGAAUGAUGAAUGGGAAGAAAUGGGGGGAUUUGACACGUACUCAACCCCAGAUGUCAAGAAAGAGGGAAAAGGUAAGGGCUUUCUGUCAAUUGGUGGAGUUAGAGUUUAUACAGAGGACACUUCUUCGCCUUCGGAGGGGAGUGAUGGAUUUGAAGAUGAUGUUACCGAUGAUGGAGAUGGAGAUUCUUGCGAGGAGGAUGGAAUGUUGGAUUCUGCAGACGAAUCCUUACCAGACAGUGAAGAAGAAGAGCACUAUGACGGUGAUUCGUUGUCUUUUGAUGAUGAUUCUGAUAUUGAUGAUGAGGUCGCUGAAGAUUACAUGGAAGGUAUUGGCGGCAGUUCUGAGUUGCUAAGUGCUGGGUGGCUGGUGGCUGAGAAUUUGGAAUCAUCGGAUGAAGAUGGUCUUUUGAAGAGUGGCGAUAGCAGUGAUGGAGACAACCGGAAAUUAGGGGGGAUCUCUCUGAUGAAUGCAUCGAAAGAGUAUGGCAUGAAGAAGCCCAGUUCGAGAAAGGGGAAGGGCAGUUCAAGGAAUUGGAUGACCGGUUCACCAGUUGUGGAUGGUGGGUUGUCAGCAUUGGAUGAUAUGUUGUUUGUGAAGGAUCCUCGAAUGGCUUGGAGGAAAAAGAAGUCCUCUUCUCAUCUCUCACAAUCCUGGCCCCGCGAGGCUCGGAAAAGUAAGAAGUACAAUAAUGUUCCAGGUGGGAAAAAGAAGCAUCGCAAAGAACUGAUUGCCAUGAAGCGUCGCCAGCGUAUGAUUAAUCGUGGUGUUGAUUUGGAUCAAAUAAAUUCUAAACUGAGGAAGAUGGUCAUAGAUGAGCUUGACAUGUUGUCGUUUCAACCAAUGCAUUCCCGUGAUUGUUCGCAGGUGCAGCGACUAGCAUCAGUUUAUCAACUACGGAGUGGCUCUCAAGGUUCAGGCAAGAAAAGAUUUGUAACUGUGACCCGGACUGGAAAGACAUGCCUGCCAUCUUCGACAGAGAAACUUCGCCUAGAUAAGCUGCUGGGAGCAGGUUUGGAGGACGAUGACUUUGUUGUCAGUUAUGGAAACAAGACAAAACCUCAGGAACAAGCGAAAGGUAGAACCAAGACAAGCAGAAGGCUAACUUUGAGGCCAGCUUCCUAUCAGAGGACAGAAAUGCACCAUUCUGCCUCAUCAAAGCUAACAAAGAACAGUGAAGCGAGUGGAAAGAAGAAAGGGGUUAGGAAGCAGAUCUCAAGCUCGUAUGCAGAAAGACCAGUUUCAUUUAUUUCUUGUGGCACUAUGCAAGUUGAUUCAGUGACAGAGAAAAUGGCUGUGGAUUCACAUGGAAGUGCCAAAUGUGACAAGACUGCUAAAAGUAGGUCUUCCAAAUUGGGUGCUUUUGAGGUACAUACCACAGGUUUUGGUUCAAAAAUGAUGGCUAAGAUGGGAUUUGUUGAAGGUACUGGGCUGGGAAAAGAUGGCCAAGGAAUGGUUCAACCCAUAGAAGUUAUCAAACGACCUAAAUCUUUAGGAUUGGGUGUUCAAUUUACCCCAGAUACCAGUGAUGUAAGGAUAAAACCGGAAAGUUUUGGUGCCUUUGAGAAGCAUACUACAGGAUUUGGAUCUCGAAUGAUGGCAAAAAUGGGUUUUGUACCAGGUACUGGCUUAGGAAAGGAUUCCCAGGGGAUCAUCAACCCGUUGACUGCUGUUAAACUGCCAAAGUCACGGGGAUUAGGAGCCAAAGCUUAGAUUUUCAUAUCUAGGCUAUUGAAAUUUAUUUACUGCUGUAACUUAUUAAUGUAACAGAGUCUUAAUUUAUGUAAAAUUAUGUCUGAUCCAUGUAGUCUUGUUGUCAUUGGUCAUAGUAAUUGCACUUUUUAGGUCGCUGGUAUGGCUAAAAGUUGUAGGGGUUUCUAUAAAUUCUCCACGGUGUGGAGGAAACUAACAGUCAUUCCAUUUAUAUUUUGAUGUGCAAUGCGGCAGUUUAUUCUUGAUUA